GGACUUCAAUUCAAUCGAAUAUAUAUCGUAAAAUUAGUAGUGCUAUCUCUAAGAAUACGCGUCCGUCAAAAACAAACAACAAACAGAAAUAUACUCUCGAGCAAGCAAUAUAUCCGAAUGAAUACAAUUUUUUUCGUUGUAAAUGUAAAACAAUACCACAAUUGUCAAAUACUGUUUGUCUAUACUUCCUGCUAAUUUUCUACAAAAGUAAAGAGAUCGUAAAAUGCAUCCAGGGCAAAUCGAAGUCAACGAAAUCACCGGCUAUUGGACAUUUCUGUUGAGCAUCGACUGGAAAGAUCCCUGGCUUAUAGCAUUGAUAUUGCUACAUGUGUUGACAACAAGCACAGCUUUGUUAACCCGCAACAACACAAACUUUCAAGUAUUUCUCUUUCUUGUGCUAUUGUCCAUAGUAUAUUUUUCAGAGAGCAUCAACGAGUAUGCGGCUGAGAAUUGGAAAACAUUCUCGAAGCAGCAAUACUUUGAUGACAACGGUUUGUUUAUCUCUACCGUCUUCUCCAUACCAAUAUUACUGAACUGCAUGCUUUUGAUUGGCACUUGGUUGUACAACGCAACACAGAUGAUGGCCACGUUGAAGACGGCUCAGCUCAAGGAGCGGGCGCGAAGGGAGCGCAACGCUAAUAAUAGUACAGCUGGCACGCCCACAUGCCCGGAUAAGCCUUUAAAAUCAGACUAAUCGGAAUACGUUACAUGUUCACUCAAUUAAUUAUUGAAGCCAUUAUCGGAAGUCAGGUGUAUUUGCAAUGCUUUUUUUUGUUUAUAUGUGUUGCGCCCUUAAUUGUAAUGAUAAUAAAGCAGUCAGGGUAGUGAGUAAAAAGUUAGAUUAAUUCGUUUGUUUGAUUGGAUUUGAAAGACCAAGUAAACGACUAUUUAGUAUAUUAUAUGUUUUAUUUGACAGUUGGUAAUAUACUAAGAGUAUGUGUAUUCUAAUUUGCUGGAUCAUUUUAGUGCUUUCGCCGAACUGGUCACACUGACUAGUCGGUGGUUGAAAGUAGUCAAGUGCAGCAGCAGCGGGCGACGUUUUUUUACCGCUGCGUAAACAAAAUUUUUUGUUGAUAAGAAAGAUAUUCUUUACAUCGAAUAAGCAAGUUAAACGCGCAUUGUGUAUUAAAGAAGUUAGUAAACUGUAGGUAUUAAUUAACUUACAUUUGUGAACCCAGCUUACGACGCUGUUCCGUGCGUGAGUGUGAGUGCGUGUGCUUAUGUGUGUGUGCGUCUCGGUCUCGGGCUGCGAAACCAAGUCGAGAAGAUAGCCCGAAAAAACAGAAACAGCAACAGAAGUUGUAUCUGUCUGUCAACGUAUUUUAUACGAUUAAAAGUAAACGCAAUUGCAAAGGGCGCACACAUAAAAUAAAAAACCGCUUAAGCCGUGAAAUAUAGAUUGAAAUUUAUCAAACAAAACGGCAGGUGAAAAACAUACAAAAAAAAAAACACUCAACCAUAAGUACGCAAGGAAAGAAGAAGCAG